GGCCGCAGAGAUAACAGAUCCGAAGCGUCACGUCCUGACAAUAAUAGGAAAUAUUAUGUAGAGAGAUGGCUAACGUUACCUCUCUUGAAUAUAAUUAUAUAUUAACAACAUUUUGAAGGUUGGUUGGUUAGUUAUUGAUAAUAAGACUCUCUAUUACAACCAAAUACAUGUAGAAUACUACUGGUUUGGCAGCAAUGACGCAUGUGACCAGUAAUGACUCUUCCUUCUUUACACUGUUCCUUGGCUGUUUGUGGUAGCAAUGCCCGAUGCCCCUUAACUAGCAAGCUAGUUUGUUAAAAAACAAUAUUUAUUUUCCUUCGUAACGUCAGAAAGAAGGGACUCCCAAUACGGCGGUGGACUUCACUUUAAGGUGAAACCAUGCUCCUGGAUCCCGAAGCGGCUGCAGAUCGACGUGUUUGACCGAGAAGCCGCUGUCGCCGCAGCCAUCAUCGGAACGACGAUGAGCGAGCCGUGUAUCUACGACAAACUGUCCGAGAGCAUCGACAUCCUCCGGCAGUCGGGUUACCGCUACGGCAUGUCGGAGAGGGAGAUCGAGAGGUUCAUCAAGCAGGUCCUGGAGACUAACGAGCCCAGGAGAGAGCCUCCCCAGUUCCCCAUCCUGAGAGCCACCAUAAAGUUUGUGGUGGCAGUGGGCUUCCUGCUGGUGGUGGUCCUGGCCUUCACAUACCCUCAGAGCCCCCCGCAGCUGGGUCUGGUCAACCUGGGCUGUUAUAACUGGUCAUCACCACUCAGCCACGUCCGCCUGCUGUCCCUGCCCAUCGCCAAGAAGUACAAUCUGCAAGGUUUCCAUGAAUGGUGGAGUGCAGGCUCUCUCAGGCAGAAUCUGGUCAACUGUUCGGGCUGUGCAGAGAUCUCGUCGGUGAUGGAAGUCCCAGAGAGCCUCAGAGGGACGGUGAAUCUGCGACGGGGGCCACAGCUCGUCCUGCUAAAGGGUGGGGAGUCCCUCAGUGUCCAGCGGCAGCAGCUGGAGGAGCUCUACCUGGCCCACUCCGGCUCCAUGUCCAUCCUGCUGGAGGAGGACGACGGUCUGCACAACCACAACCUCGGCCUCCCCCAGGGACCCGCCAACUUCACUAUGCUGUGGCGGUUCAGCUCUGGGACCAGGGAGAAGGUUUUGAGGUGGCUCUUCCCGAAAGCGGAGCUCUGCCCCCUGCUGGACAGCGCUGGGACCAUCUUGCAGCGCUGCCUGGUCACCCACAGCACAAACUCCCAGAGUAAGGGUGUCGGGGUGUUUGGCUGGCUGGUGGUGGGCGAGGGGCUGCCAACAGUUCGAGUUCUACCUGUUCAGCGCUGUCAGAAACACUGCAGCUCCUUCAACCUUUGGCUGACACCUGGAGACAUGGGUAACACCCGUUUUAAAUCCACAAACACAUUAGCUGGACAAAACGAUAACUUCAGGCAGAACAGACAAACUUUGGUGUGGUGCCCCCACCAUAAAAAACUAUAUCUUAGCCACUGCUUUAACUGUACCUCAAAGUCUUUGAAGGGUCUGCAUGCUGCAUCUGUUCUCCUGAUCCCUAAAAUCAAACAGUGGAAUGAGGCUGCUGAAGCUGCCCGGUCUGCUGAACACGCAGUUGACGGUUGUUCCCUCUGACCUUUUGUAGUGUACGCUGACCCCCGGUACUGGCAGAUGGAGCUGUUCCCUGGCCGAGGCCAGAACAUCAUCUGUGACGGAUCUGCCUUUUAAGUCAAGGACAGGAUGUGCAAAUGACGGCUGUGACUGUCGAAUUUUCCGAGCUCGUCGGCCUUUCUACGGCCCCGCCCACCGAUGCCUUAAACCCUCCAGGCUUUUUUUUCCUGACGCCCCUAUCCGUCCAAAAAUCUUCCUAGCGUCCUCAGAGAACUGGAAACCACUGCACAAGGGAAUAAAGGGAUCCUCCUGCCGGUGUCAAGGGUCGAGGUCAGAGGAUUCAGAAAUGACUUUUUGACUAUGUCCUGGUGUCUUUAAACUCCUCUGAAUGUUCUGGAUGUGCUGUGCUCGUGCCAUAGCUUCAAACAGAUGUCUAGCAAGUAAUAGAAAUCCAUGAAAUCAAUGGGUGUGUCUCUGUCAGAAGGUCGUGAAUCUCUGACUCACAACCCACGUCUCUGGUGCUGUUCACUCGGUUAAAAACUAACUAGCCAAGCUUUGUAGAUGGGAUCAAAAAAAAGGUAAGCCAUCUUUUUUGGCCAGAGGCAGUAUAAUGUCUUCAUGUGUGGAUGAAAUGUCCGCAGCUGUACCAGGUUGAUGUAAGUCGACUUCAAGUCAAAACAAUCUUAAAGACAACCCCGGCCCAAACAACCA